AUGGCUCCUCCUUCUCCUUACAUUAACAUUAUCAUUCUCUUCUUAAUCUCCCUUCUCUUUCACACCGCAUUCCCCAACACCAUCACUCUCCCCCUCACUCCUCUCCUCACCAAACCCCAAUUCUCAGAUCUCAAACACAUCGCCUCCGGCUCACUCACCCGGGCCCACCACCUGAAGCACCAGAGGAACAGCAACAGCAGCAGCACCACCACCCAAGUGUACGCCAAAAGCUACGGAGGGUACUCCAUAGAUCUGAGCUUCGGAACACCAGCCCAAAAAACCCCCUUCAUCUUGGACACAGGAAGCAGCCUGACAUGGUUCCCCUGCACCCUCCACUACAUCUGCUCCCACUGCGCCUCCAUCAAAAUAAAAACUUUCCUGCCCAAGCUCUCCUCUACCGCCAAACUCCUCGGCUGCACAAACCCCAAAUGCUCCUACCUCUACCCCUCACUCUCCCACUGCAACCAAACAUGCCCCCCUUACAUCCUCCAGUACGGCUCAGGCUCCACCGCCGGCAUCUUACUCCUCGACAACCUCGAUUUCCCCAAAACAACCGUCCACGAUUUCCUCGUCGGCUGCUCCAUCCUCUCCAUCCGCCAGCCCUCCGGCAUCGCCGGCUUCGGCCGCGGCAACGAGUCCCUCCCCUCGCAAAUGGCCCUCAAGAGAUUCUCCUACUGCUUAAUCUCCCACAACUUGGACGACUCAGCGCAAAGCUCCGACCUCCUUCUACAAACCACCUCCUCCGGCGACACCAAAACACAGAACCUCACCUACACGCCUUUUAGCCACAACCCCUCCUCCAACAACUCCGCCUACAAAGAGUACUACUACGUUCCCCUCCGCAAGGUCCUCGUCGGACCCAACUCCGUUAACAUUCCGCUUCACUAUCUGGAGCCCGAUUCCGAGGGUAACGGCGGCACCAUUGUCGACAGCGGUACCACCUACACUUACAUGGAAAGACCCAUUUACGAUUCGGUGUCUCGGGAGGUUGUGAACCAGUUGGGGAACUAUUCAAGGGCUAAGGGCAUCGAGGCCCAAUCUGGGUUGAGUCCCUGUUAUCAUGUUUCCGGCGUCAAGAACCUCACUUUCCCCAGCUUCACUCUUCAGUUCAAAGGCGGCGCCAAAAUGAAGUUGCCGCUUGCAAAUUAUUUCUCGCUGAUUCAGAACUCCAACGUUGUGUGUUUCACCGUUGUCUCCGACGAUGGCUCCGGUCCGGCGAAUAUGACGGGUCCGGCCGUCAUCUUGGGGAACUAUCAGCAGCAGAAUUUCUUCAUUGAAUUUGAUUUGGAGAAUGAGAGGUUCGGCUUUCGGCAUCAGAGUUGCAACAAGAAACAUUAG